AUGAUACUGCGAUGGAUGUUCUGUGUAAGGCGAACAUAUGACAAUACAGUCUCAUCGGGCGAGCGAGAUAAAUAUUACGUUUGGUUACAGAAUAGAAGACGGAAUAAAAAUGAUGGACGGAAUAAAGAAAACGUCGAAAUUGAGAGAGAAAAGAAAUCUGCCGAAGACGGAAAAGAAACGGGCGCGGAAGAUAAGCCGGCUGAAGAUCUGUGCUAUGAAGUCAAACAUUCAGAUGUUAUGGGAAGGUAUAUCGUAGCUACGAGAGACAUAGAGCCCGGUGAGGUGAUCAUCACUGCACCAGCCCUCGUGGUGGGACCCUGCUCCGGAUGUGGACUCAUCUGUCUUGGAUGCUAUCGAGAGUUGGAAGAAAGUAAUUUAACAAAAUGUUCUGGUUGCAAAUGGCCUCUCUGCAGCAAUUCGUGUUACGGUAUCGGCAAGUACACCGGACACUCUACGUACGAAUGUGAAACACUCAAGAAAAUACAACCGGACUAUAAAAAUAUAGAGGAGUUGAAAGAUUCAUACCACGCCAUUACACCUCUAAGAUGUUUACUUUUAAAGAAGUCAGAUCCUAGUAAGUGGUGUUCGUUAUCGGAGAUGGAGUCCCACAACGCCAUCAGACGCUCCCGUGGCGACAUCUACCCCAUGAACGAUAGGAACGUGGUGCAGAGACUCAAGAAGUGGGGCCUGGAGUAUGAUGAUGAUGAAGUACACACGGUCUGCGGUAUAUUAGAGGUGAAUGCCUUCGAAGUCGGCGCAAGUGGUGCGAACGCUCGUGCUCUGUACAGUGAAGCGUAUCUGUUAGCUCACGACUGUACCCCUUCUACGAGUCACACGGACCACGAGAGACGUCCCGGACGACCUCUCACCAUCAGGGCAGCCAUCAGACAUGUACCAGGAGAUGUGAUCUCACUGUGCUACGCUUACACACUACAGGGUACCCUGAAGCGUCGUGAGCACCUCGUCCUCUCCAAGUUCUUCAUGUGUGGUUGUGUGCGGUGUGCGGACCCCACAGAGCGCGGUACCCAGGCCAGUUCGUUGCGCUGCCCGCGGUGUGCUGCCUCUGUGUUGUCCACAGACCCUCUCCGUGGUGACGCCGCCUGGCGCUGCUCAGAAUGUACAUACGAGAUGUCUCCCGCUGCGGUAAAGUUACUACUGAAGAGAUUGACGGACGAGUUCGAUCAGAUAGACGCCAAUGACGUCCAGGGCUUUGAGAACUAUCUCGCCAAGUACAGGAACGUAUUGCAACCCAACCACUACCUGAACUUGUCGGCGAAACACUCGCUGAGUCAGUUGUAUGGGAAGGUAGCGGACUAUAUGAUACAUGAGAUGACGGAGGAACUGCUUCAGCGGAAGAUAGAGAUAUGUAGGGACUUGAUGAAGGUCUUCGAUGUUAUUGAGCCGGGAUACUCUAGACUCAGAGGUAUUACGCUGUAUGAGCUACAUGCUCCUUUGAUGGUUUUGACGACCAGAGCGUUCGAGAGGAAAGAAAUAACUAAAGAGAAUUUAAGAAAUCGCCUGAAGGAGAUCGUCCGCUAUCUCCGCGAGUCCUCCAUCAUCCUGGGGUUCGAGCCCCGAUCUUCCCCCGAGGGUCUCAUGGCCGGCGCCGCUCAACACGCGCUCUCCAAGAUAUACACGUGGGAACAAAUCAUAGGAAAGAUUUCCUGA